GCAAGGCGUUUGACGCAGAGGGCAAAACAGUAAAACGAAUAUCUUUAGCGAUCAACUUCCGGUUUUUGACUCCACGGCGGGGAGCACGUCAGCUCAUGAGCGUCUGUGAACAAUGUCUGAUCCAAGCUCCAAGUCUGGAUCACGGAAGCGGGCAUCGAAGGCAUCAUGUUCGUCACAUUACUCACGUGGCUCGGCAGCGGUAAUCACGGCUGCUGUAAUGGCUAGAGCAGAGGCUGAAGCAACUAAGGCGGAGAUAGCUUUUGCUGAAAGAGAAAGUGAGCUAAAAAUACAACAAGCGCAACUUGAGGCUUCAUUAAAAGCUUUACAACUGGAGAAGAGAGCUGCUGCUAUACAAGCGAAGGCAGAGACUUUAGAAACAGCUGCAGAAUUAGGAAACACAAGAAAAUCCAGUUUAAUGGAACUAUCUACAGAGGAUGCAACAGAACGCACGCAGGAUUACAUAUUAAAACAGAUAGUUGAUGUUGAGGAAGCUGAGAUGCCAGUCCUGGAUGGCCCGUUUUAUGAUAACAAGGACAAAAGGGUUUCAGGAAAGCAACAAUCACAGUCUACUCCAUUCUAUGUGCCGCAGGAAGGCCAGAGUGCUUUAUAUGCCACACCAUCCAGUUUUCAGGCUGUUAAUGUGGAGAGCAUACAGAACCCUGCCUUUUCUCAGUCUAUUGGUAUGCCUCUUACACUCCCUAGUCGACGUAAGGCAUUCCCACAGCCACCAAAGGAUGUUCCUCACACAUAUGCUGCAGCAGGUCAAGAUAGUGGAGAGAGGAGCAGAGACAGACAGGUACCACAUGACUAUUUUCAAACAACACCAAGUACUCACUUGUAUGCAAAUAAUCAAAUGUCUGAUGUGGUCAGGUUCAUUUCAAGACGUGAAUUAGUGUCUACUGGCCUUACACAGUUUAACGAUCAACCAGAGAACUUCAGAGCAUGGAGAGCAUCAUUCUUGAAUGUUACUAAAGACCUUGACCUUUCUCCAAGCGAAGAAAUGGACUUGCUGGUAAGAUGGCUGGGAUGUGAGUCAGCUGAGCAGGCAAGACGCAUCAGAGCUGUCCACAUUAACUACCCAGCACAAGGGCUCAAACUUAUCUGGAAAAGGCUUUAUGAAACAUACGGCUCGCCGGAAAUGGUAGAAAGUUCUCUCUUCAGGAAACUGGAGAAUUUCCCAAAAAUAUCAAACAGAGACAAUUGCAGAUUGCGUGAGCUGGGAGAUUUGCUUAUGGAGGUUCAAGCAGCUAUGCAGGAUGGGGAUCUGAUGGGUCUUUCCUAUCUAGAUACAGCACGAGGCGUAAAUCCAAUUAUACAAAAACUGCCAUUUAACUUACAAGAGAAGUGGCUGACAGUGGGAUCUAAAUACAAAGAGGACUAUAGUGUUUCUUUUCCACCUUUCGAGUUCUUAGUAGAUUUUGUAUGCCAGCACGCAAAAAUGCGCAAUGAUCCAAGUUUCUCCCUUACAACUGUGCAGGAAGAGUCGCGCAGACCAAACAAACAGUUAAAUAAAUCAGUUUUUCCCAGAGCUGUUGCGACACACAAAACCCAGGUCUCUUCUGAGAAUUCAUCGGCUGCCACUGAACCCAAAAAUAUGAUAAAUCCUGCUAAACAUUGCUUUUUGCAUGAGAAGCCCCAUCCUCUGUCCAGAUGUAGAGGAUUCCGGAUGAAAUCUGUGGAACAGAGAAAAUUGUUGCUCAGACAGCAAGGCAUAUGCUUCAAAUGUUGCAGCUCCAUUUCACACAUGGCAAAGAACUGCGACGAAGUCAUUAAAUGUUCAGAAUGUGGAAGCACUACCCACAUAGCAGCGCUUCAUCCAGGCCUAGUACCAUGGGCGACUGUUCCAAAACACCCGGGAGUGGAGAUUCAAACAAUGAAUGAAGACAUUCCUGUGGUACCAGAGGUAUCUUCAGCUUGUACAGAGGUAUGUGGAAAUAGUCAACUUCCACGUUCUUGCUCAAAGGUUUGUCUUGUGAAAGUCUAUCCUAAAAAUCAUCCAGAGAAAGCGGUCAAAGCAUAUGUCAUACUAGAUGACCAAAGCAACAGGUCACUCGCAAGACCAGAAUUCUUCGAUUUGUUUGAUAUUACAGAAUGUAACAUAGCCUAUACCCUCAAAACAUGUGCAGGCACGAUGGUAACUGAAGGCAGACUAGCUCAAGGCUUUCAAGUGGAAUCUUUUGAUGGAAGCGUAGUCUUACCCUUACCUGUGCUUCUAGAGUGCAAUGAAAUUCCAGACAAUCGCUCGGAAAUUCCCAGUCCAGAAGUGAUCAGUAGGCACAGGCACUUAAGACAUCUUGCAAGGUACAUUCCACGGCCUGACCAUCAUGCUCCGAUUCUUCUGCUAUUAGGCAUUAUCAGGGUCCACAAAGCCCAUAAACAAGUAAAUGGUCCACCAAAUGCCCCCUUCGCCCAAAAGUUGGACUUAGGGUGGGUAAUUAUUGGGGAUAUGUGCCUUGGGAAAAUUCACAAACCUAACUUUGUCCAAGCUUAUCACACCAACAUUCUGGAAAAUGGACAGUGUACGCAUUUUUAUCCAUGUCCUAAUAAUUUUAACAUAAAGGAGAAAUCGCAGAAGGUGUCACCUUCUGAGCCUCGGUUCAGGGAGAGCAUUCAAGGUCUAAAGGAAUGGGAUGUAUUUCAGAGAACAAAAGAUGAUGAGAAAGUAGCUCUAUCUAUCGAGGACAAACUAUUUCUCCAGAUUAUGGACAGUGAAGUCUACCAAGAUGAUGAAAAUUCAUGGGUUGCCCCACUCCCAUUCAAGCAGCCAAGACAGUAUCUACCAAACAACCGUCCACAAGCUGUGGAACGUCUUAAUGCGCUUAAGCGUUCUUUCAGAAAGAAGCCAGAAAUGGAAAAGGACUUUGUAGCUUUUAUGGAAAGUCUAUUCCAAAAUGAUCAUGCAGAGACAGCUGCUCCGGUCAGUCCUAAAGAACAGUGUUGGUAUUUGCCUUCUUUUGGAGUUUACCAUCCCAGAAAGCCAUCCCAGAUUCGAGUAGUCUUUGACUCAAGUGCUCAAUAUAAAGGCGUCUCGUUAAAUGGGGUUCUUUUGUCAGGUCCAGACCUCAAUAAUAGUCUCCUUGGAGUUCUCAUGCGAUUCCGCAAAGACCCAGUCGCUUUCAUGGUAGACAUAAAACAAAUGUUCUACUGCUUCAAAGUUCGACCUGCAGAUAACGACUACCUCAGAUUCCUUUGGUUUCGUGAGAAUAACCCAGAGAAUGAACCCGCCGAAUACCGUAUGAAGGUACAUGUAUUUGGCAACAGCCCAUCUCCAGCAGUGGCCAUUUACUGUCUUCGACGUGCAGCUCAAGCAGGAGAAAAGGAGUUCGGACAAGAUGUCAGACAGUUCGUAGAGCAAGACUUCUAUAUGGAUGAUGGACUGAAAUCCUUAGCCACUCCAGAAAUGGCCAUCAGCUUGCUAAAACGGACACAGGACAUGCUGGCCAAUUCCAAUUUGAAGUUGCAUAAGUUGGCUUCAAACAGUAAGGAAGUCAUGAGAGCGUUUCCGUCUGAGGAUUAUGCCAACGCAUUAAAGGAUCUGGAUAUAGGCGUCAAUUCACUUCCCACGCAGCGCAGUCUUGGCCUACUUUGGAAUUUGGAUACGGAUUGUUUCAACUUCCAAGUUCAGAAUGAUAAGAAACCUUGUACGAGACGUGGACUGCUUUCGGUGAUAAACAGCUUGUACGAUCCGUUAGGAUUCGUAGCUCCUGUUACAGUUCAGGGCAAAGUACUAUUGAGGGAAUUGACCGGAAACUUUACUGACUGGGAUUCACCCUUGCCUGUGAGCAAUCAAGAGCUAUGGGAGUCAUGGAAAAACUCUCUGCAAGAUUUGCAACAUGUGCAAGUGCCAAGAAGUUAUGGAUCAACAUCACUGUCAGAUGCCAAAUUCACAGGGCUCUCUGUGUUUUCUGAUGCUUCAGAGAAAAUAAUUGCAGCAGUCGCUUACCUAAAAACAGUUGACUCAGAUGGUAACUGUCAUACAGGGUUCAUCGCAGGCAAAGCAAGGUUAGCUCCACGACCAGAGCUCACUAUACCGCGACUGGAAUUAUGUGCGGCAGUGUUGGCUGUGAACAUAAUGGAAACCAUUACUGAGGGGAUUGCUGUUAAGUUUGACAAGAUAAACUUCUACACAGAUAGUCGAGUUGUUCUUGGCUAUAUCUACAAUGAGGAACGCAGAUUUCAUGUCUAUGUGAGCAACCGAAUACAGAGAAUUCGGAGAAGCACUACUCCAGAUCAGUGGCAUUAUGUAAGUUCAGAGCAUAACCCUGCGGAUAUUGCAACACGGCCCAUAGCACCCAUGAAGUUGCAAAACACAAUCUGGUUCAGUGGACCUGCAUUUUUGCAUCGACCAAAGACAGAGACUGUCGUUAAAGCUCCCUAUGCACUUGUCGAUCCUGAGCAGGAUGUAGAAAUUCGUACACAUGUGACAGUGUUGAACACCACUGUCUCAAAACGCUUUGAACGAUUUUCUGAUUGGAGUCGUUUGAUCAGAGCUAUAGGCAAGUUGAUUCACAUUGCAUGCUCUUACAAGCAGGACCCGAACAGCAGCACUCCAACGUGCAAGGGUUGGCACUGUUGUGAGUUGCCCCUGAGUACUGACACAAUACAUCAGAGCAAAGUUGUUGUUGUGAAAGCCAUACAACGGGAAAUGUACGCUGAAGAGUUGCAGUGUCUGAAACAGAACAAAUCGCUUCCAAAAACUAGCACGCUUCAGAAACUAGACCCUUUCGUGGAUGAAAGUGGUCUCUUAAGGAUUGGUGGUCGUCUGCUCAAUGCCGAUUUAAGCUCUGGAGAAAAGAGGCCCCUCAUCAUACCUGGUAAGAGCCAUGUAGCCUUACUCCUGAUACGACACUUUCAUGAGCAAACUCAUCACCAAGGUCGUCACCUUACAGAGGGUGCGAUAAGAUCUGCCGGCUAUUGGAUAAUAGGAGGUAAAAGACGGGUGAGCAGUCUCAUCCAUUCCUGUGUUGUAUGUCGUAGACUCAGGCGGGUUGUGAAACUCAAAAGAUGGCAGAUCUGCCCAAAGACAGACUCAGUGCAGAGCCUCCUUUCACACAUGUGGGAAUAGAUGUGUUCGGGCCCUGGUCAGUGUCUGCUCGAAAAACAAGAGGUGGCAUAGCAGAAAAUAAAAGAUGGGCAGUGUUAUUCACGUGUCAAAGUAUCAGGGCCAUUCACAUAGAGGUGAUUGAAUCUCUGAGUACUUCUAGCUUUAUUAAUGCCUUAAGGAGGUUCUUGGCAAUCCGGGGUCCAGUGAAACAGAUUCGCUCAGAUAGAGGAACUAAUUUCAUUGGAACUUGUAAAGAUCUACAGAUAUCUUCUAAUGUGGAUGAAAAGGCAGUGGAACGUUUCCUGUCAGAUCAGGGGUGUGUGUGGACAUUCAACCCUCCCCAUUCAUCGCAUAUGGGUGGUGCGUGGGAAAGGAUGAUUGGACUCACUCGUAAGAUCUUGGAUUCUAUGCUCCUUCAGACGACGUCCUCCAAACUCACUCAUGAGGUACUUUCCACCUUUAUGGCCGAAGUCACUGCCAUUAUAAACAACAGACCUUUGAUACCUGUGUCGACUGAUCCGGCGGAUCCUUUCAUCUUAACACCAGCAACAUUACUUACCCAAAAGUCUGGUACCGACUUACUUCCUCCUGGGAAUUUUGAGAAGCCUGGUCUAUACAAACAACAGUGGCGUAUGGUUCAAAGCCUUGCAAGUAUGUUUUGGGACAGAUGGCGUAAACAGUACCUCGCUACACUACAGUACAGGCGGAAGUGGCAACAUCAACAACCCAACGUCUCCAAAGGAUGUAUAGUUCUGCUCAAAGACUCUCAGUCCAAACGGAAUGACUGGCCCUUGGGUAUCAUAACGGAAACUUACCCUGGUCAGGAUGGACGAGUCAGGAAAGUACAAGUGAGGAUCAUUGGGAAAGAUGGUCCCAAAUUGUUUCUCAGACCAAUUAAUGAGAUGAUACUACUCCUCCAUGACGAUCCUAAACAGGAUGUUAAAAAUUAAAAGGAAGAGAGAGUUUGGUAUUUUUAGAAUACCAGACGGGGAGUGUGCUGUUCUAUUGAGAUAGUCACAUUUAACCUUGUAUAGAGUUGCAGUUUAGUGCCACCUUCUGGACAAAGAUUGGUACGACACUUAGCGUUAGUGUCCUUGUUUGAUGACGUUAAAAAUGUGAGUCUAGCAGUAAUACCAAAGAGCACAUUGUCAUGGCUGUUAUCGCUCCCUGAUUUAAGUUGAUUUGAAGGCACAUUCGUUUUACGUCAUUCCAUAAGCAACAGUAAAGGAUAAACAUUAACGUCUGAGUCUGUUGUCUUUUGGGAAACGUUAUCUGACUGCCGAGUCAAGCAAGGCGUUUGACGCAGAGGGCA